GGCACGCAGCACCCAAGACACUGGCAGUUGGACAAGUAAUGGAGGACAAAUGGGACCUCAUGGACGGGUAAAAGCAAGAAGCACUUGAAGAAGAAAAGAAAUGUUAAGAUGACCUGGAGGGAAGAAAAAGAGAUUGGUAAGAAGAAAAUAAAAGAGUUCACCACUGAAGAGGUAUCCCGAUAAUGUGAACACUGUGCUAGGCUAAAAACUGGAGUCAUCGGCAAGAACAAACAGGACCCAUCAUGACAUUCCCAGGCCGUAUGGGAAAGAUCAACAAAAGGACUUUUCCAGUGGAAUCUCCUCUAAUGCCACAAAUCCCGCGUGGCAAUUACUUUCAUCUUCAGGAAGAGAAGCAAAGACUACAGCUAAAGAAAUUCCUUCUUCAUAGGAUGUUUCUAGUGGCCGAGAUAACAGCAAACACAGAAAAAAAAGAUAUUGCUGACUACUAUGAACAAGCAUUCCAGUCGAUUUUAAAACACCACCUAGGGGAAGCAGUGACAGGGUUUCUGCUGGUAUAUCCUACUUCUAUCCUGCACAUCCUUGAGAGCUCCAAUGGUACGCUUUACCGAAUUCUUUUGGAUUAUCUUAACCAUCAAAAGAGAGAAGCAGAAUUUUUUAUCCAAGGGAUGAAAAUUAUCGUUGUAUCCCAUAACAUCCCAACCAGGCUCUUCAUGCAAUGGCAUGUUUCAGUGAUAAAAGUUCCAGUCAUGUAUCUUGAUGAUGUGACACAGACACAGUCCACCGAAGAGGUCAUCACAGAGUUUCUCACUCAGACCCAUAAGCUAGCGCUCCAUCUUUUCAAGAUGGUUAAAGUGGGCGCUAAAGGACCAGGGGAUAACUUGCACCAACUUGCACCUGAACUGCUCAUCCCAGAACAAAUGAUAAAGUACUUGUGCAAAUCUGAAGAGUUCAUGGAUCCAGACACUUUUCUAAACAUAUACAACAAACCCAUACACGUCACUUUGGAUUCCGAGGUGAUAUGGCCGGCUCCUACCUAUUUCUAGGAUUGAGAGAGAUGUGGUGGGUGGGGUGCAAUCUCUCAAGGAAUUGGUGCUACUAAAAUAAAAGAACAGGAUUUCUGAAGUAACUCUUCUUUUGAAAAAAGAAAGCACCAGAACGCCACAAUACACACAAGGUAAUAUAUUAAUCUUUACAGAGGAUGUUGAGCUAAACUUGAAAUUAAUGUUUAUUCUGAUAUUAAGUUCAACAUGUUAUUUUAAUGGGU